CGGCUAAUCUGCGCAGAGUGAUGAGCUCUUUUCGGAUUUUUUACGACCAAUGUUGUCAGUAACUGCAGGGUUCUACAGAGUGUGUUACUCCUAUUGGCACUGUACGCUUAUUUGUGGAACGCUUAACUCUGGUUGCAGUAUUUCGUGGGGUGUGCAUGUGUGUGUGUGCGUGUUCGAGUCGGUUAUUUUUUAUAUUGGAAGAAGCUGGCGACACACAUAGGUUUAAUUUAAAGUUUAGUUAAAGCUGCUUUUUAUUAAAGCUGGGAAGACCAACGUGCUUUGUAAAGGCUGGUCUGAGAAGAUUCGUUAUUCAACUGGAAUUAUCUUUUUAACAUGUGGAAUGUAACUUAAAGUAAUAAUCAGUCCCCUAAAUCGCGCGUUUAUGUUCUACAUGUUUCUCUCGCAAUAAUAUAAAUGUCGUCAAAGUUUCUUCAUUUGAUAAGCAGGCUUCGAAGUUAUGGGAUUAUGGACGGCGUGCUGCUCCGCUGGGCAGACGGUCGAGCAACUGGCGGUGUAAAGCAAUGGCGCGCUUGCCAUCAAGAGUGGUGCCUCAGGGCGACUGUUGCUUUUGGCAAAUACGCAGAAAACAGUUGUGACAGCGGUAGCGGUUCUGGUGGUCCAGUGGAUGCUGGUAGGGCAAAGAAGCCGCCAACUGCGGGUGAAGAUGACAUCCACUCCGUUUAUUCGCUUGCUUGCUUCUGUAUCUGGUCUUGUUUUGGUGUCAUUGCCCCACCGAUGCUGUUGAUACUCAGAUUUUCACUGUCAUAUUAUGAUUAUUAUUUUACUCGGUGCACACUGUGUUGGGUCGGACAAAUGGGCAGCUCCCUUUUUACGACGCAGAAGCUGUACGUCGAUGAAAUGCGAUUACACUUUAGAUUUAUGUUUUCCAACUUACGUUGUAUAUUCACCCUACAAGAAUAAAUUAAUGCACCUCAGGGUGGGUAAAAAAAACUACCGUGGAUUACCGUCAUUCUUAUCUGCAAUAUGGCAAUUCAAAAUUGCCCUGUAUCCGGCAGGGGGUAAUUCUAAAAAUAGGCGCUUACUGUAUUCAAGUAUCAUAUCAUUACUGUACUAAAAAAAUGUCUUUAAUUUUGAAAUCAUUUAUGGCAACCGAGCCAGCCACCUUUGUUCUUUUUUUAAAUUGAUUCUACUAAUUUUUGACGUUAGGAAAAUCGCAGGAAACCAAGUCACCGUAUCAAAGUGAGCAUCACACAUUGAUGUAUAUAUCAGCAGUUAACUAUUUCGAGCUUUACUUCCGGCACUGUCCUUAAGCAUUGCCCCAGGUGGCUGUCCUUAGCAUCGAAUGAGACGAGUUCUCGUAACGCCCGUUUCCGAAUGUAUGCAAUCACGUGUCCCUCAGUUUUAGUAAGCGUCAACACUACACCGUCAGAGGGACGUAUAUUGACAAUAAAAAUUGUACCUUAAGAGGAUUCGUGCAAAUUGUAUGUUCAUCGUUUAGAUUGUCAACUGACAGAAAAUUGAUAAUCUUAUUUGCUUGAGAAUGUAUGUUUCGCAUCCUUGAGAGAUUUAUAUAUAUAUAAGCAAAAAUAAGUUUUCUCAUAUCAUUUGUAUAUGGUACAGUACGCCCGGCAUUAAUAUUCGCCGUAUAUCUAGUUAUCGAAGUACGUAAUUUUAUACAUCUUUUGCUAUGAUGGAAAUCAAUACACAUUGUCGUAUUUACCAUAUUUCGGUGUAUUGUCCGUUUAAAAUAGCCACACGUCGAGUGACAUUUGUUUUUAACCUUAUUGUUAGACCUCAAAACAUACUGUCGCUUAUUGUUUAAUCGUCAGUAUUUAAUGUAGAUCAAAUUCAUUGUGCACACAAAUGCAUGCAUGCAUCAACACAUUUAUUCUGAAGUCAAAAGCCAACCUCAGUUUCUGUUAUUGGAUGACACUAACCGAUGCAGCAUGUUCGACAACAAAACAAAUUGCCAAAUCACAGCCGCUUUUAGCAAGGUUAUUCAGUCUACUAUUUCGGCAAGUUACCAGUGUGAACAUCAUCAAAGUAAUAACACUUUGAUAAACUUUGUCAUCUGUCGAUAUCAGGCCGUCACCAGCGUGCUUCUCAUUGCUUAAGGACGCAAUACGGACGCGUUAUAUUAUUCUGGAUCCAGAAGAUUAACGUGACUCUCACUCUCGUAUCGUACGUUUGCAUCAACGUUAUUUGCGAAUCACCGCGCGGUGACUUGUUUAUUCGAGUAGCGGCGAUGCCCUAUGAGAAUGUUAAGCCUCCUAGAACACUAGAGUAUGCCAGGAAGGCACGAAUUUUUAGCUGUGUCAUUAGCGCAUGUUCUAUACGAGCGUAAGCGGGCGCCCGCCAUAAUUGCUAACUUUGAUUACCCGAGCUCGGAUGACGAAGCAAACCUACGACGUGCACUUCCAGCUAUGUUUCAAAACAUAACGUUCGCUCAGAUGGCCCUUCCUAUAAGGCCCAUGUUCAGCUCCAAUCCAAGCCAGGAAGAUACAGAGCAAGAAGGCCGCUUGCUCUUGAGAGAUUUCGUGUCGCAGGAAAUCGAAAGAAACCACGUUGUUAUCGAGAGCCCGGAAAACGAGGAAGAGGAGGUAUUUGGUGCUGAACUGCAAAAUAACUACAACAAUGGAAAAGGCUCUAGCACUGAUAAUUGGUUCGCUGCAAAUGAGCUCAGUCGAACUGCACCCUCGUAUUCGUCAAACGAACCCUUUUCAUGCCCCAGUUCACAUCUAGAUUCCACUUUCAUGUCGACACAACCUAGGAACAAAUACUCCCAAGGGCGACCGCAUAGAAUUGUUGAUCCAGCUAGGUUAGUCUACUCCCAUUUAUCAGGGCCUACGUCUGAGCCUAUUCCAUCGCCAGAGGAGGUUCUUCGCUCCCACCCAAUGUAUCGCGACGCUGGUCGUCAACUUUCCCGAUUGGCUGAUGAGUUCGCCAGGUCACGGGAACGUCAACGAGUCAAGCAGCAGGCUGAAGCACUCAGCAUGAACACGGUCACAAGAGAAAAUCUGAUAGCUCUCAUGACUGAACUGUUUCACGACGGAUUCUCUAGAGAACGGCUGGUUACACUGUUCUUUUUCUGUUCCGAUCUUAUCAUCAAGGCAAUGCGAGAUACUCAAGAAGGUGGUGGAAUUCGGUGGGAGAUUCUCGGCUGGGUUUGGGAGUUUUUUUGUGACCGCGUCUGUGCUUGGGUCCGUGAGCAUGGUGGUUGGGAAAACGUUUUAUUAAACUUUCUUCCCAAAGCUAUUAUGGUAACUACAGGAGUGGCCAUCACAGCUGGAAUAGCAUUCUACAUAUGGAAAAACUGGUAGAGACUGCUAAGUUAAGCCGUCUACUAUCGCUCAUCUGUACACAUUCACAACAUACAAUAUUAAUAUUUUAUUAAGAACGCUGUUGUUUCGAACGCGCAUGUUUCGCUGUGGGAAGACGAACCCUGCAGGCAACGUAUAAGUGCUUUCAGUGGAAGCAAAUGACACUGCCACUAUAAUGACACUGCCCAGCUAACUUUGUGGUGUCCUCUUCUACGGCAACAUGCUUAAUAUUGUGCGGCAUGUCACACGUCAAUCUAAACUUUACUUAGCUUAAUCCAAAUAGGCAAGCUUCCAUUGUGAAACCAGCAAAAUAAUGAGACAAAGCAAAUCUGUACAGAAUGCACACACACAAACAACAUCUGUUAUCUGUUUAGAAGCGCGAAGCCUAAUUAUGGCACGUUUGUUACUGUAGCGAUGAUAAAGGCUGGCAUUGAACUUAGUAGAGGUUAUGACAAAAAAACGCCAGUUUAGUUUUUUAGUUCAUCACAGUUUUCUCGUGUUCUCAUAGAAACGAUGUGUCUGAUCUAAACAACCUUUUAUGUGACAUUCUAGGACUCAUUUCCUCGUCGAAGGGCACCACCUUAUUGAGAACAAGAUUUGCAGAUUGUACUAUCAACUCUAUUUUUUCGCUCGAACAUGACUUUCUACGAAUGUACAUAGCUUUGCAGUAAUCUAGGGUGAUACGAAACAAGCCACCAGUAUAACAUUAAAUGAUGUCUUGAAAAUUAGGGUUGCUGAGUGAGUAACCAGUAACAAUAAAAACGCCGUAGUAUAGAACAUUAGAUCAGCGCCUGAAAUUUUACUUUUGCCUUUUUCACAUGCAAAAUUCAAGCUCUGUAUUUUCUAGGGCUGUUCAACUCUAAUGAGUAUUCAGUUUGUCUAUUUAUCGAUCGGCUAUCUGAUCGCCAGAUGGUGAGCUCGCCAGACGAUACACAGGAACUGUUGGCAACAGCAAAGUAAUUGAGCUCACAGACCCAAAAUGCUUCUGAACCAAGCUUUUAAGCCUGGUGAAUUGCAAUCACACAAAUGUCUGUUGGUGUAUUACUUAAGGUUUAUAUCUAAGAUUUCAAAAUUAACGUUAUUGUAGAUGUCUGAUGCGUCGUUUGCGGGCAUUGUUUCGCGUCUGUUCUGCGCGGAUAGGCAAAUUGAUACGGAAUAUAAGGAUUAUGUAUGCGGUGUUUUUUUACGUAUCUCAUCUAUAUUAGCGCCAGAGGUGUAAUCUUGAUUCUUAGAAGAGUUGAUGAAUUGUUAAUGGAUACGUUGUAUGCAGUUUGGCGUCAGGGUUUCAGUACUAUUUUCAUUCAGCGAUGAAAUUCAUUCCCGCUAACUCUACCGAAGCCUUCUUUGUCACAAAUCGAAAUCUCCCUUAGCCACUAUUUGCAGAGUAAGACCGAUUCUGCUGACUAGGACACACAUUUUCCAUAAGCAUAUUGUUGUUGAUCAGCUAGUCACCCAAGGUCGGUGAGCAACGCUUUGCUGGUGCAAUGAAUAGAAUCUUACCUUGUAAUGUACAUGUGACAGAAUUAGAGAUUUCAGCAGAAGCAACCGGUGCCGUGUGACGCAAUAUUAUAUAGCAUAUAAUUCAUCAUGCUCAGACAAAAAGGCUUUUUAAAAGGAACUGAAGAUCUAUACCCAGAGCUUUGCACGACAGCAGAAGAAUAACUGUUAUAAAUGUAUAUGACAUCUGAAGCGUAGAAAUUAAGCAAGAAUGCUAUAACUUUUUGAACGAUCCACCUCAAAGUACAUGUUUGACCUUGAUAUAUGGUUAAUUUAUUAGCCAUGAAAAUGAACCGAGAAUUGACAGAAAAAUUUAUUUGGCUGCAUGUUUUCUUUAACAUGUUAUUUUUUAGACAAUUUAUGUAUGAGAUUUAAUUAAUUUGUGAAGCAAGGGAAUAGUUAAGCAUAUGAACCAACGUUGUUAGUUCAUCGUAUGUAUGCAUUUUACAAGAUAUGUGACGAAUAAAUUUACGAAGGCGUUGCUUCUAUGCCACGCCGAGAGUUUCAUUCAAACAUGUUUAGAUAUUUGUAUUAAUACUGACGCGAUCAUGUAUUCAUAUUUAAUGUGUUAAACAUACGUGUUACGACAAGUACGCAACAUGCGUCUAAGCGCAUGUGUCCGUGGAUGCGUGUUUCCUAGAGAAUAAAGUGUAUUAAGUUGAGAAAAGAACGACAAAACGAGAGUAAUAUAGAAAUCGUUUUAACCCUUCUCAUUGGAUAUCACAUGAUGCUGAUUCAAUAAAGCCGAGUACAAGGAACACUUGCUGACUGUAAACAACACCAAAUAUUAGUUAGCUACUAUUCCCACAUGACUGGUAGCGCCUCAUGCAUAUAAACGCCUUUGGAUUUUGGACGGCGUUUGAUAGAUACCAUUGCCUUAAAUAGAUAGUCUAGAAUGUUUGGUAUUUAACGUUGUGUGUGCACGAUAAGCCACGGGUGGACCCAAUUUAUGGCUGACGCCGGCAGAUAGUUCUACACGUGGCUAUAAGUGAACAAUAAAUUUGUAUCUUAUUGAAAUCUGGAUUGGAGCAUAGCGAAGACGCUACCUACCUAAAAUAUUAUCCAUCUAGACUAUCUAAGUCAUAUGUGUAUGUACAGCAUGUUGAAACGGUUCCUCUGAAGGACUGUCCAGUACUACUUUUGAAGCUCCCACUUUGUGCAGCAUAAAUACCACCCCUUGAAUCGAACAAUCGCGAUAGAGGCAUCAAUGACAGAAACAUGCCAGUGAUUAUCGUAUGUGACAAUUACGACAUCCGAUGCCAGUCAAAUUAGAUCAUUGCAUACCAGUCCUCAGGAAAAGAGCUAAUGGAGUUAGCGUGACUAUAACGUAUUAAAACCGAUCAACGUACUCAUGACUAUUCUGUAUGCAAAGUAUGACACAAAAGCUAUUUUUAACAUUAUAUUUUAUGCAAUUGUACGGCAAAAAUAGGUCCUUCGCAUAAACGAGACACGGCAUUAGAACGGCAACGACAGAUAUCAAAAAAACGAAUGAAUGAUACUCGUGUCUGGAUUUGCAGCGAUAUUUACUGAUAUCUUUUAACGAAUGGAAGUAGUCUAUUGGAAGUAAAUCAUACAGACAUUUUUGAGCUGGCAAAACUUUAGAUCUUGUCACAAAAAUAAAUCAGCCAUUAAAUUAUUAUAGCUGUGAAAACCAAUUUAUUAAUAAGCGUGAAGAUUUUGAUGAAAUUUCCUGUAAAUUGUACUUACGCUGUAUUUUGGUAAGAAUAACUCGUUUUUCACAUGACAUUAUACCUUAUUGAAAAUGUUUGUUGUGGACUGAAAAUAAAU